GUGAGGGCUGAAGUAUGAGCCCCUCUGGAUAAAGAUACUAGACCUGGCGAUUCCCCCGCACGAAAAAUGUGUUUCUGUGAUAACUUCAAACAUAUGUUGAAAUUUGUUUUGUCGUGAGUGCAGAAUGUACCUUCGUUGGGCUGACGAGAGUCAUCUAACAAUGGAUACUCGCUCGAUGCCGGCGGAUAGUUCAUCCCGCUCGGUCGAGAUUCGUGCCAUUCUCAUUACGUUCUCCAUUCUUUCCACGAUCACCGUCGCAUUACGACUCUAUAUAAGAUAUAAGGUUCUUCAUUCUCUCGGUUGGGAUGAUAGAGUUAUGGCUGUUGCCCAGGUCCUUACCAUUGGAGCUGCGGUAGCCAUCGGGCUAGAGAAUAAUUAUGGACUUGGGCAUCAUACUUGGGAGCAGUCGAAGGAGAAUUACAUCGCUUACAUGAAGGCAUUCUAUGCUUCCGUCAUUGUAUACAAUGUCGCGAUGUGUCUAGUCAAAAUCGGAAUCCUUCUUCAAUACCGACGAGUCUUUGCCAUACCAGUCUUACAGGCCUUGACAUUCUACGGACUUGUCAUCAUGAUCGCCUGGACCAUCACGAUCGCCUUCCUUAAUACUCUCAUUUGUGUACCUGUCGCAAAGUUUUGGAACUCGGCUUUAUCUGGGCAUUGUACCGACCCCUUGACGGUUUGGUACGUCAUGGCUGGCUUCAAUCUAGUCACAGAUAUUACUGUGUUUUGUAUGCCAUUGCCAGUUAUCGGAAGUCUGAAUCUUCCAAGGAAACAAAAGAUUAUGCUGUUGGCCAUCUUCAGCAUCGGGUUCUUGACAUGCGCUAUCUCUAUUUAUCGCAUUCGAACACUAAAGACUGCCGCUUCAACCAAGGACCCCAAUUGGGACAAUGUCGACGCCGCCAUAUGGUCAUUCCUCGAAGUCACCCUGGCCAUCAUCUCAUCAUGCCUACCAACCCUCCGACCGUUAUUCUCCAAGCUCAUGCCCAGGCUCUUUGCCUCUUCAUUCGGUCGCAGCAACCGUGCGUCCCAAUACGGCUAUACUCGAACACGAAGCAGUCAAAACCUACGGAGCAUGCCUCGAACGCGAACUGAAGACCUCAGUCAUGGCUCAAUGGAUGACACAACCACCUUGCGAAAAGAUGAAGUGCCCCUCCCAUCAAUCAGCCAUAAACACUAUCGAACUUACCCUGGUGUUAGCGUUAGUAUUAAAGCUGAACAAGGACAGAAUCAUAGUGAUGAAGCAGAGUCGCAGAGUCCUCUGGAGCCAAGCUCACCAAGCCAUGGAGGGAUCAAAGCCACGACUGUUGUCACGCAGGAGAUUGUGGUAGAGAGACAUUCAGACGAUGAAUGGAGCCAUGGUAGACCAAGUGACAGUGAUGCAACUCUGAGAGAAUAAGUUCUGUGUAGCAAUUAUCCAGAAACAUUCUGUCGCUUCUUUAUGAGACAUGCAUAUUAUUACCUAGCCUUUUAAUGUAAUCUUAAUACACUUUUAUUUAUAUAUAGCCC